CUCUCUCUCUCUCUCUCUCUCUCUCUCUCUCUCUCUCUCUCUCUCACAUAUGAUGCCGUUCAGUGACUUAUUCGUUUGAUUGGUUUCUGUAACAUGGGGCUGCUAAUGCAACUAGAAUCUAACAUCAUAUCGGCAAGAAAAUUGGAAGGGGUUGAAGAAGGAAGAUUAUUGCUCGAAAAAAGGAAGUAGGGUUCAAGCACACACCAAAAGCCAGGCAAACACGUCUUUAGAACCUGGACGUAGUUGUUCUAUAUAGAUCAUACAGACGUGAAUAAUGUCAGGAGAUUUCGAUACACUAGAGAGUAAUGAAGAACCUAGUUUUGAUCAAUAUGGAGGAAACACAUCAUCUAAUUCUUCCAUGAAUAAGCAAGUUACAUCAUUUGAUUUGAAUGAAGAAGCAAGUAGCCAAGAAGAUAUUGAUCUAUGUUUUGAAGAAGACCAAAAGAUUGAAGAAGGAAGUUCAUCGAAGAACAGAAAGGGUCGGGUUAGACAAUAUGUGCGUUCUAAGAUGCCUAGACUUCGUUGGACUCCUGAACUCCAUCAUGCUUUUGUUAAUGCUAUUGAAAGGCUUGGUGGACAAGAAAAAGCAACUCCCAAGUCUGUUCUUCAUCUAAUGAAUGUGAGAGGACUAAGUAUCGCUCAUGUGAAAAGUCAUUUGCAGAUGUAUAGAAGCAAGAAGCUUGAUGAUUCUGGACAAGUAUUAUCUCAGAGGGCUACACAAACGAUACAAGGAAGACCACAUAUUUAUAGCAAUUUGUACUCAAGAGGUACUCCCUUCCAACAUUUGAAACUAGCAAAUGGUGGGAUUGUUCUACCAAGCAAUUUACAAGAGGGUGAUGAUCACUGCAGAAGUCAUCUUCAUGAUUCUGGUUUUCGACCUACACGUGGCAUCCAUCAUUUCUUAUCGAGGCACCAAAUAUGGCUAUCUAAUCAAAUUCAAGGGUCUUCACCGAUGAGAAGAGAGUUUGGAGAUGGGAAGAAAAUGAUGAAAGAUAUUUUGAAUCAUAUGCCAGAAAAGCCUUCUGAUGCAAACAAAUUCCAUGGAACUAUGAGAUCUAGCCAACUUCUUGAGGAGAAGAAGUGGCCACAUGAUCAAAGAAAAGAUAAAUGGUUACCUAUAACAACCAUUUGCACCAACAGUUCCACCUCCGAUCCUUUCGGUCUUUCUCAAUGUCAACAGUAUUACAGAGAGAGAGCAAGGAUGCCUCAUUCUCCAUCAGCUUUCAAUGAUUCAUCACCAUUAUUGAAUGCACAAUCGAAAGCCGCAUUUCUACUUGAGUUAAAACAAGAUAAAGGGUGGAAGGAUAAGGAAAGGAAGGCAGAUUUGAAGCUUAGUUUGAGCCAAAACGAAGAUGUAGAUGAAGAGAAGAAUCAUCAAAGGAGUACUCCUGAAAUCAACACUAUGCUAUCGCUUUCUUUGAAGGAGACAAAAACCAACCUAGAGUGAGUUAAAUAGUUUAUAUAUAAACGUAUGUAACAGGAGGCUAGAUUGAGACGAGUACUUAAGAUCUGAUUAAGCGCAUGGAUAGGCGGCGUAGGAGCUAGUGAGAUCUUCUAAGUACUUGUUUUCAAAAGCUAUUAUUUACAUGGUUUUUUCGAUCCCAUAUGACAAGGAAAUAUUUCGGCUGUAGUUGUACGUAUUGACAUGUAAAAUGGACAAGGUUAUAGUGUAGCUACUUUAGUAAGAACUGGUAGAUCAUAAUCAAUCCAGUAAUUAACUGUUCUUUGCGAAGAUGUAUAGCAUGCAGCCAUGCAUAUUGUUUAUUAUCAAGUAGA